AUGAAGUCUCCCCAAUCUAAAGACACCACGAAUAGGUUGAGGCAUGAUAGUUUUAGUACCAUCAAUGAAAAACCAGUGGAUGAUAUUUCUCUGCAAUUUUUUUAUAAUCCACAUACUAUAUCCUUGCUACUGAUUUCCAUUGCAGCCCUUAUUUAUUUUGCGUUUGUCAGAGACACGGAUAACUUAGAAAACAACAUCUGGGCAGGCCUUCUUUGUUGCGGUUUCUUCUUCUUGAUCAUAUCAGUUUUGGCCUUCCCCAACGGACCGUUUACACGUCCACAUCCAGCAGUAUGGCGUAUGGUAUUCGGCAUGAGCAUCAUCUACCUGCUGUUCUGCUUGUUCAUCCUAUUCCAGAACUACCAGACAGUCAAAAGCAUCCUCUUGUGGUUGGACCCGUCGCUCUCCGAAUUCCACAUAGACAUGGACAAAGAAUAUGGGGUAAAUUGCUCGGAUAUAACUCUAGAUAGGUUGUGGGGUCAUGUAGACGUAUUCGCACUUGGCCAUUUCUUGGGUUGGAUGUUCAAAGCCAUUCUGAUUAGACACAUGGGUAUUUUGUGGGCGAUAAGUUGCAUGUGGGAGAUUACAGAACUGGCCUUUGCUCAUUUAUUGCCGAAUUUUAUAGAAUGUUGGUGGGAUGCGUUGAUAUUGGACGUUCUACUAUGCAACGGAUUUGGUAUCUGGUGCGGAUUAAAGAUUUGUAAGAUGCUGGAAAUGAGGGAGUACAAAUGGGUGGGUAUUAAAAAAAUUCACAGUACUACUGGUAAAAUAAAACGUGCCAUGCUUCAAUUUACUCCGGAAAGCUGGACUUCUGUUAGAUGGUUAGACCCGCAGUGUUCGUACAUGCGUAUUAUUUCACUGUGCCAAUUAGUGCUCUUUUGGCAAACGUCAGAAUUAAAUACGUUUUUCCUGAAGCACGUUUUUGAACUGCCUUCGUCCCACUUCUUAGUCAGCGGCAGAUUGAUAUUGAUCGGGGUAAUAGUAGCGCCAUCUGUUAGACAGUAUUAUAGUUACAUUACGGACACUUCGUGUAAAAGAGUGGGUACCCAGUGUUGGGUGUACGGGUGUAUAAUGGUAGCCGAAGCUCUUAUCUGCAUCAAGCACGGUAAGGCGCUUUUCGAACAAACGCAAAUUGCAAAUAUGAUAGUUUGGGUUUUAAUUAUGAUUAUAGUUUCUGUUGGAGUUGUGAUAACAUGUGUUCUGUAUAAUAAAUACUAUUCGGAUUCGAUAGUCAGUUCCGGUAAAGGAAAAAAGAUUAAGUUUCAAAAUGGCGACGGUUCGGAAGUAAAAAAGGAAUAG